AGCCCAGCGGGAAGGCGUUGGUGGCGGAUGUUGAUGAGAAAAUCGAUUUUCAUUAAAACAAAUCGACAUUAAGCACAAAGUCAAAUUAAUUGAUAAAAUAAAUUUAUCGCCCAGCCCUAAUCUGAGGCCAUUAUAAAUUCAAAAUUUUCCUUUAUUCCUUUAAUAAAUAUAUUGUUCAUUAAAUUGUACAUUGCACCCUUUCCUUAACAAUCACAGUUGCUGUUCAUGGUUCCCAGAGGAUGAAUCUUCUGUUGACUCUCUCACCAAUAUCAGAUCCCAUUAUAAGGUCCAACAUUUCCCUCAAAAGUCUCCUAUGUCCAUCUUUUAUUAACUCAAACAGGAGUUGCAUCCAUUACUAGAAAAUCGCAGUUGCUGUUCAUGGUUCCCAGAGAAGUAAUCCUUCAGUUUUGCCACUCAUCAACUCAGCUGUUUGCACAGAAAAUCUAAACAGCAGAUUGCCCAUAAAAUGAACUGAGUACAUUCGAUUAAAACACUGGUUAGACUUAGUCUAUUGCCUGUCUGGUUUCUGUGGGAGUCUUCAAGUUAUUUUUUUGCAGAGAAAUUCAGCUUAAAUCCGCUCCUCCACGAGAAUCUGCGCUCACUGAGUAAUGGGAGAAAUAUCUGUUUUUCUGCUUGAGAUGCUUCAAAACAACUGAAAAUGGCAGAGAUUGAAUGCUGGCUCUUUUGGUGUAAUGUCAUGCAGAAUCUAAAGCGAGAAUUUGCUCAUCUUGUGUGACAUUCAGAGAGCAGCGCUAUCAUGUGGUUGCAUGAACUUGACAAUUUUUUUGCACGUUAUAUGGCUUAAAAUCACAGCAGGAUCCAGCUCAGUUCUCAGCUGUUACCAGAGAUAAAAGCUGAUGAUGAUGAUACACCAGGAAGAGGCUGUUAGUCAUUUGAAUUUUGCGGUUUGCAUGUUGUUGAGGUUUUGGCUCCGAAAUCUUCUCUGCUCUCGUAAAAGUAGAUGCAUUUUCAGUUCUGGAUGAGCAGAACUCUGUCUUGGGAAAAAACUAGGCCAUAAAACAAAAGGGUAUGUGUGCUGUAUGAUGUGGAUAAACACAGGAGUCCCGCAGACAGAUGGGUUGUCAUACAGUAUUUGGCUUGAAGGGAAGUGGAUUUUUAAACACAAUGGUUUUGACGGAGCAUAAAAACCACAUUAAGUUAAAACGGGUUUCUGUCGGAGCAUCGUGGCAGCUCACGUCCUCCUCCAUUUCCCACCGAGGGUCAAUCAAAGCCAGCGAGCCACACCCACCUUUUAUCAAUGAACUGGGGUACGACAGUCCAACAUCCGUCAUGACCAGCGCUUUUGUUUUGGCGAUUCUGCUCCAGAGUGGCAGAGGGCAGCGUGAGGUCAGGUUUCCAUGGCAACUGUCAUCCUCUAGUCCCCCCUCCCUCCAGCUGAACACUCUCUUUCAUCGCUAUGGCAGCGCAGAGGCCCUGGUUUCCUGGGGGACGGGGCAUGAGGGAGGGAAUGUGAGCCGACGGGAAGGAGGGAGGGGAGAGGAGAGGGCAAACAAGUUUGGUGAAAACAGAGUAAUCCAAUAUGGCCACAAUUGUGUGUCAGCUAAGCGCAGCUGAAGUUGAUGUCUCGGACCGAACAGAUACAGUCGUGUGAUGAUUAACCUCCCAGACCUGGAGGACAUGAUAGGAGCUGAGAGGGAGAAACCAAAGUUCUCGGUUUAGGAGGUUAAUGUGUUUUAGUGCGGACAAGUUGACGUCUGCCAGAGCGCGAUAUUAGAUUUCUGCAGUGGAUAACAUGCAGAUACAGGAGCUCUUAAAGGGUCAUUUUACAUCACGUUUGUAUAAUUAAACCGAGUGAUGUGUGUUUCACUGAUACACCCUCCUGAAACCUGAUUUUGAUCCUGAUUGACUUUUAGAGACUAGUUUUCUUGCUGAUGUUCCUCUAAAUUGAAUUCUUUUUAAACCUUUACAUUCAGAUUUUGGGACUUUCUCACAGUUUUAUUCUUGACAUGUUAGAAACAUUCAGGUCAUGUGAUGCUUUAAGACUUUACAUUUGAAGCUGGGCUAAGUAACAUGGAUCCUCUAAUUGUUUUUAGACAAUAAAUCUUCACAUUUUCUUUUUCCCGCUCCUCUGAUGUGAGGAUUUGCCGCUUUUCUCUGUUUUAUUUCAUUAUAAAUUGUAUGUUUUGGGAUUUUGGGCUGUUAAGGUUGGGAUGGGCCAGUUCGCAGACAAAACCUAAUCAUAAUGAAAAUAAGCAUUAGUCACACCCUUAGUUUAACAGAUACAGGGGCUCUUAAAGGGUCAUUUUAAAUCACAUUUGUACAUAAAAACUGCCUAUGUUUUACUGAGACACACUUCUGAGCCUGAUAUACUUAGGGAUUAGAUUCAGUGCUGAUCUUCCUCUAAAUUGGACCAUUUUUUACUACACCAUUUACAUUUAGUGUGUUUUGGUGAUUUCCUCACAAUUUUAUUCUUGACAAGUGGAAAAAUGUAGUUCAUGUGAUGCUUUAAGACUUUACAUUUGAAGCUGGACUCAAAAACAUGGAUCCCCUACUUGUUUUUAAGGAAUAAAUCUUCCCAUUUGCUUGUUCCAGCUCUUCCGAUGUGAGGAUUUGCUGGUACAUAUCAAUGUUGUAAAUGCUAACACUAAUGCUUAUGCUAAUGCUAGGUUAGCAGGAUCUGCAACAGCAAGACUAAUUUUGUCAACAAAACACUAAGAUAUUAGUCCAUGACAAUCUGUUUUCAAGACAAAAACUUAAGUACAUAUCAAUGUUGUUAAUGGUAAUGCUAAUGCUGAUGCUAGGUUAGCGGGGCCUGCAAAAGUAAGACUCAUUUUGUCAACAAAACACAAAGAUAUUAGUCCCUGACUUGUUUUUAAGUAAUAAAGCUUAACAUUUGCUUGUUACGGCUCCUCCGAUGUGAAGAUUUGCUGCUUUUCUCUUUUUUAUUUCAUUGGAAAUUGAAUAUUUUUGCAUCUCGGUCUGUUGUUUGGACAAAAUAAACACAUAAACUUAGACUCUGGAAGGUUGUGAUAGUUAAUUUUUGCCAAAAAUACCUAAUCAGUAAUGAAAAGCAUUAAUCACACCCUUAAUUUAACAAAUACAGGGACUCUUAAAGGGUUAUUUUAAAUCACAUUUGUUUUACCAGACCAUUUACAUUUUUCAUUCGACCAUUUAGAUUUUGUGUUUUAGUGAUUUCCUAACAGGUUUAUUCUUGACAAGUUGGAAACAUUCAGGUCAUUAAUAUUUAAAGCACUGCUAAAAAAGUUAUCUUUUAGUUGUCUUUAAAAGGAAAAAAGCCACAUGUUUGUUUUUUUCAGAUUCUCCAUUGUGAGGGUUUUCUGAUUUUCUGUGUUUUAUUUAAUUGCAAGUUGAUUAUAUUUGGCUACACCCUCCAGAUCCUGAUAUUCUUAGGACAGUUUUGGUACUGAUUUUUCUCUCAAUCUGAUAAUUUGUAUACCUUAAAAUUCUGAUUUAGUGUUUUAGAGAUUUACUCACAGUUUUAUUCUUGGAAAGUUAGAGCUAUUCAGGUCAUGUGAUGCUUAUAUUUGAAGCUGGGUUGAUUAAAAAAUGAAUGUUUGGUUGUUUUUAAAGAAAAAAGACUCAUAUUUGCUUGUUCCAGCUUGUCAGUUGUAAGGAUUUGCUGCUUUUCUCUGUUUUAUUUAAUUGUAAAUUGAAUUUCUUUGUGUUUUGGGCUGUUGUUUGGACAAUACGAACACAUCAACUUAGAUUGUGAUGAGCCACUUGAUAGACAAAACUAUUAACCUGAUUGAGAAAGUCAAAAGACUAAUUAAUAAUGAAAAUAAGCCUUCGUCACUACCGUAAUUUAAGCCCAGGUUAAACGUACUGUUUUGUGGGAAAAACUGGCUUAAUUCCAUUGAGCUGCUGAAAAGGGAAGUCAGUGGCUGUGGAUGAAGAGAGAGGACUCCUCCCGGGCCUUCCGGUGAGUAGAUGACAUCUUGGGGGUGAACCUGGGAUGCUGGGAUCCACUGCUGAACCCUCUGGAGGUGUCGUGGGCCUAUCAGUGAAACACCAAUGAAGGAGGGCGCCCACUUGAUAACCCAGAGGAUGCCCUCACUCACUUGACCAUCCCCCAGAGUCUUAGGUGUCUCAUGUAUGCAAGAAGGGAUAUCAACAUCUAGUCCUACCCUACAGAUCUAUAAAUCGAAAAAAAUAAAGCUAAACUGGUGCAUGAAGCAAUAAAAUGUGCAAAGGUUUAAAUACACUUCCAGCAGAUCAGGACAUCUACAAUAAAAUAUAAAACCCAAAUAUGGUUUGACACUAUUUUUACAAAUUAUCUGUUAUAAUUUUUAUAAUUUUACUCUGCACUCAAGUCCCUCUUCAGUUUUUGUAAAUGUUUUUAUUUCUGGGUACUAUUUUCUAUAUUUUAUCAAGUUGCAGACAUAAAAAAAUUAUUAAAAAAUCUUAAACAUCGUAUGUUUAAGAUUUUUUUACGAAUCAUAGAGGAUAAUAAUUGCAGCUCAGGUUCAGUUUCCCCGAAGCUGUGAGAUUAAUGUGUAUCAGCUGUUUGGAUGAUUGAUUGAAUAAAUAUCCCUAUUAUACUGUGAUUGUUUUGACAGAUGUUACAAUCCAGUCAUGAUUUUAGUGGGAAUGGCAACUAGUUUUUGAUUUGUUAUCAGAGGUAUGUGUUAUUUUUUCUUUGAAGCGCUCUAUUUUAAAUUAUUACAUUCCUCAGAAAUCCUUUUAAAUGGGAAGAUUGAAGGCCUGGUAUGAAGGCCGUGUUUCCCAAUGAUGUUUAUCUCAUAAAUUGUACCAAGGCCAUUGUUCUGUUACAGCUGAUGUAACAUGUUAUAAAGUUCUGUGUUUUUCUGAUUACACGUUUUUGUAUUUUGCUGAGGGCACCUUAAGAGUGACAGGAAGUUGUCAGUGACAGGAAGUUGAGUGACAGGAAGUUGUCAGUAUCAGGAAGUAAGUCAAUAUGUAAUGGAAAACGGCUGUUCUGGUUGCAUCUGGUCUAAUCUAGCAACAUCCACAUACAUCUUACGCCUUUUGCAGCAUCGUGGUUUCACCCUUCUUUCAAUGUCAAUAAACCUGUGGGCAAGGAGCCGAAUGUCUUCAGGGUCUUGAUGUUUGGAAGGCAUUUAUCUGACUGUCAAGUUAUAUUCAGCACAUGUACCGAGGACAGUACAGUGAAACCACGGCUAUCGAGCAGGCAAGAUAACGUGGUGCAAGCUGGCAGACAAGAUCAAUGUCAUCACACGCGUCCAGUGGGCAACCAGCCGACCAGUGUCUACAAAAAGAUACACCUCCAGACGACGCAAUGGAGGAGGGAACAUCUUCAUUAAAGACACGCUGCUGUGUUUCAGGCUCUUCAAGCGCGAUUCGUCACUCCAGAGAAUGCGUCUCCACUGCUCUAGAGUCCAGUGGCGGCGUGCUUUACACCACUGCAUCCGACGCUUUGCAUUGCACUUGGUGAUGUAUGGCUUGGAUGCAGCUGCUCGGCCAUUUAAAACCCAUUCCAUGAAGCUCUCUGCGCACUGUUCUUGAGCUAAUCUGAAGGGCACAUGAAGUUUGAAGGUCUGUAGUGAUUGACUCUUCAAAAAGUUGGGGACCUCUUCGCACUAUGUGCCUCAGCAUCUGCUGACCCCGCUCCGUCAGUUUACAUGGCCUACCACUUCGUGGCUGAGUUGCUGUCGUUGCCACUCACUUCCACUUUCUUAUAAUACAGCUGACAGUGAGGAAAUGUCACGACUGGAUUUGUUGCACAGGUGGCAUCCUAUCACAGUUCCACGCUGGAAUUCACUGAGCUCCUGAGAGCGACCCAUUCUUUCACAGAUGUUUGUAAAAGCAGUCUGCAUGCCUAGGUGCUUGAUUUUAUACACCUGUAGCCAUGGAAGUGAUUGGAACACCUGAUUCUGAUUAUUUGGAUGGGUGAGCGAAUACUUUUGGCAAUAUAGUGUAGGUUCUACUCCCCUCAAAGCUACACAGCGUACAGAACAAUAUGUUAUCAAUCAAGCCAAAAUAAGAGAGACAGAGCUUCAACAACCUGAUGGUGAUGCCCCAGUAAAAACAGAGCCAACCUGUAGUUACAACACUCCACCUUCACAUCUCAAACCAGAAGCUAAACCCUUCUUUCCAGAUCAGAAUAAUAAUGCUUCCGAACCACUUCACAUCAACACUUAGCAACGUCAUUCCAAGGAAAAUUCUGCCCAUGAACCUCGUGGGGUAUGGUUUGGAAACAACUAUACUAUCCCUGCCAAGCAUUCCAGAGUUCAAAAGAACCAAGAAUGUCUCACCCCAUUGCCCUAUCCCUUGUCUCCAUAUUCCAACAACAGUAGCUCAAAUAUGAAUGACUUUGUAAGAUACCUUGCUCGUCGUGAGCUUGUGGCUACAGGCUUACUUCAAUUUAAUGAUUAACCACAAAACUACAGAGCCUGGAAACGUUCAUUUCAGACUGCAAUCGCCGACUUAAAUCUAACACCGGGUGAGGAGAUGGAACUUCUGCUAAAGUGGCUUGGCAAAGAGUCUGCAGAACACGUUGAACAGAUAAGAGCAAUACACAUCAGCUAUCCGGAAGCAGGGUUGGCAAUGACAUGGGAGAGACUUGACCAAACCUAUGGCUCUAUAGAAGUUACUGAAGAUGCUCUGUUCAAACAAAUUGAGACCUUUCCAAAAAUAACAAGACGAGACUAUUCCAAAUUGACAAAGUUCACUGACUUGCUAAUGGAACUUCAGUCAGCCAAGGCAGAGGGUGACUUACCUGGACUCUCGUUUCUCGACAUAGCGAGAGGUGUCAACCCAAUGGUACAAAAACUCCCAUGCCAUCUACAGGAAAAAUGGGCCUCAAUAGGUGCAUCUUACAAACAGCAAAGACAUGUUUUCUAUCCACCCUUUGACUACUUUGUGGACUUUGUCAGUCGGGAGGCUAGCAUUGGGAAUGACCCAAGCUUCAGCUUCAUCUCUCACAUAGACACAGCCUCCCGGGUAGAGAAGACAGGCUGGAGACCAAGCAAACAACGAGAAGUCUCUGUCCACAAAAUGGAGAUAACUCCCAAACCGAAUCUGAGUUCCCAACAAAAUCUAAUGACUGCGAUAAACUGUGCCCUAUUCAUAGAAAACAUCACCCUCUACGUAAAUGUCGUGUAUUCAGAGAAAAGCCCAUUGAAGAGCGUAAGACAUUUUUGAAAGAGAAUGUGUGCUUUAAAUGCUGCUCUUCAUCCUCACAGAUUGCAAGGAACUGUAAAGUUAAAGUAAAAUUUUCCGAAUGUAACAGUGAGACGCAUGAUGCAGCUCUCCAUCCCGGGCCUGCAUUCUGGACAGAAAGAAAAGACCCCGCUACUGAGCAUGGCAGGGAGGACAAGGAAAACGUACCUCAAGCCCAAGUUACCAACAAACGUACAGAGGUCUGUGGUGGAGAUCUGACAAAACGAUCCUGCUCUAAAAUAUGUCUUGUUAAAGUAUAUCCAGCUGGCCACAGAGGCAAAGCAGUAAAACUGUAUGCAAUUCUUGACGAACAGAGCAACAGAUCACUAGUUCAUUCAGAGUUCUUUGAAGUGUUUGGGGACCAAGUCCAAGUACUCCUUACACACUAAAAACUUGUGCCAGUGUAAAGGAAGCAGUAGGAAGAAGGGCUACUGGCUACGAAGUGGAAUGUCUGGAUGGAACUGUCGGCUUCAAAUUACCAAGUCUCAUCGAAUGUAAUGACAUUCCUAACAACAGAGAUGAGAUUCCAACCCCUGAAGUGGCCUCUCAUCAUGUACACUUAAAGUCAGUGGAGCACCUUAUCCCAGCCAUCGACCCACAAGCCCCGAUAAUGCUUCUCUUAGGUCGAGACAUUAUCAGAGUGCACAAAGUUCGCAAAAUGAUUAAUGGUUCAAACAACCUAACUUAUGCACAGAAGCUGGAUCUUGGAUGGGUUAUAGUAGGCAAUGUGUGUGUCUAGGCAGGGACCACAAACCGCAAUCCAUCAGCUGUUUCUACACAAACACAGCGGAGUGAACACGCCCUACUCUCUUUGAUCCAUACCCAAAUGUGUUUUGUGUCGAGGAGAGAUACAGUGACAUCCAAGUUACCAACCACUCCUCGAUGCCUUCUGAGGAGAAAUCUCCCUGUGAUGCUGACCACCUGGGAUGUACUGUGUUCAGGAGAACCAAAGAUGGCAAUCAGGUAGCACCAUCGAUCCAGGAUGCCUACUUUAUGGAGAUUAUGGAUAAAGGGCUGAUAAUAAGCCUGAAGCACUUAAGCGUCUCAUAUCUCUCAGGCACAAUUUUGAGAGAAAGCCAGAACUCAGAAAACACUUCACUAGCUUUAUGGACAAAAUGUUUAAGAAUGGAGAUGUUGAGUUAGCUCCUCCUCUUGACGUGGAAGAAGAACGAUGGUACUUGCCAAUAUUUGGUGUAUACCUCCCAAAGAAACCUAAGAAAAUCCGCGUUGUUUGAUUCCAGUGCCCAAUAUGAUGGCGUAUCACUUCGCGAUGUACUGUUAACUGGACCUGAUCUGAACAACAUACUGCUAGGGGUGCUGAUCUACUUCAGAAAAGAAGCCAUCGCCUUCACAGCUGACAUAGAGCAGGUGUUCUAUUGCUUUCUUGUGGAAGAGAAAGACAGGAACUUCUUGCAUUUUCUUUGGUUUAAAGACAAUGAUCUCUCCAAGGAAAUCGUGGAAUAUCGCAUGAGGGUCGAUGUGUUUGGUAGUAGCCCCUCACCUGCAGUAGCUAUUCAUGGACUACACCGGUCCGUCGAGGACAAAGGACUCAACACAGAUCCUGAUGUUAAACGCUUUGUGUUGCAUGACUUCUAUGUGGAUGACGGCCUGAUGUCCCUGCCUACAGUCAAAGCUGCUGUUGACUUGUUGAAAAAGACUCAGGAAGUCCUUUCCAAAUCAAACCUAAGGCUGCACGAGAUCACAGCAAACAAAAAAGAAGUUAUGGAUGCCUUUUCACCUGGAGAUCAUGCAAAUGACCUUGUGGACUUGAUCUCACGUCAGAUGCACUGCCAAUACAGCAGAGUCUUGGACUCAACAGGGACCUCCGAACUGACUGUUUCCUCUUCAGUGUGUCAGACGAGAUUAAACCUUUCACCCGGAGGGGUGUCCUCUCAACCGUCAAUAGCCUCUACGAUCCUCUUGGGUUUGUAGUGCCCAUUACAAUCCAAGGCAAGGCCAUUCUGAGAGAACUCACUACUGAGAAUGGUGACUGGGAUGCACCCUUACCACAAGAAAUGAAAGAUGUUUGGAUGUCUUGGAGAACUUCUUUGUCUGAUCUGGCCAGUCUUUCCAUCUCUAGGCCCUACACUGUGAGUUCACCUUCUGCAGCUGUCAGAAGAGAACUGCAUCUAUUUUCUGAUGCGUCUACCAAAGCUAUUGCUGCAGUAGCAUACUUAAGGGUCACAGAUGCUGCUGGAAAUAACAGUGUUAGGUUUGUAAUGGGGAAAGCCAAACUGACUCCCUGCCCAGAACAGACAGUACCAAGGCUAGAGCUCUGUGCUGCAGUGCUAGCUGUUGAGUUAGCAGACCUGAUCUCAACAGAACUGGACCUUUCGCUUGAUGCCGUAACCUACUACUUAGACAGCAAAGUGGUGCUUGGUUACGUCCAUAAUGAGACAAGGCGUUUUUAUGUAUAUGUAAGUAACCGAGUACAACGUAUCAGACGGUCCUCCCGUCCAGAUCAGUGGCGCUAUGUGUCUACAGACGAGAACCCUGCAGAUCAUGCAAUGCGCUCAGUUGCUGCGAGCCAGUUGAAAGAUACCAAUUGGCUAAGUGGCCCCAGAUUUCUUUCCAUGCCAGGAACAACUAACUCAGAAAAUUCCUAUGAACUUGUUGAUCCAAGUUCAGAUCCAGAUGUACAACCUCUAGUGUCCACCUUAGCCACAGCAACAACUUCCAAGCAGCUUGGUUCACAACAGUUCACCAAGUUCUCCUCUUGGAAGUCACUCACUUGUGCGAUCACUCGUCUCAUUCACAUAGCCCGCCACUUCAACACAACAGUGAAGAACAGUUCUUGUAAGGGCUGGCAUUACUGCAAGGCUGACAUCACUGUUGAAGAGUCCAAACAAGCUUCAGCUACCAUCAUCCAAGCAGUUCAAGUGGAAGUCUAUGGCCAAGAAAUCAAAUGCAUUCAGCGGUGCGACAAGGUUCCUAAAACCAGCCCUCUCUACAAUCUGGCCCCCUUCAUUGAUGCACAAGGCCUUCUGAGAGUAGGUGGCCGUCUCUGUCAUGCAAAUUUUGAUCAAGAUGAAAAAACAUCUUUGAUUAUUCCUGGCAAGCAUCAUGUUGCAACUUUACCCAUCAGGCAACAUCAUGAGCAAAUCCACCACCAAGGUCGUCUCUUUACGGAAGGAGCUGUCCGUUCAGCUGGAUUUUGGAUAGUAGGAGGAAAGAGAAAAGUGAGUAGUGUCAUCCAUCGAUGUGUAACUUGCAGACGGCUCAGAGCUCCACUCAGCACCCAGAAAAUGGUCAGCCUCCCAGCAGAUCGUCUUUCAACAGACCCUCCUUUUACAAACAUUAGAUUGGAUGUAUUUGGCCCAUGGAACGUCUCAUCAUGCCGGACGAGAGGGGGCCUCUCACACAGUAAAUGGUGGGCCAUUAUCUUUAAAUGCUUGAUUAUACAAGCUGUGCAUAUUGCGAUCAUAGAGUCUCUUGACACAUCCAGUUUCAUCAACGCACUGAGGUGUUUUGUUGCUGUGCGGGGACCAGUCAAAAACAUUCGUUCAGAUCGUGGCACUAACUUUGUUGGUGCUUGUAAGGCCCUGAAGAUACCUUCAAACAUUGACAAUGCAGCUGUGAAGUCUUACCUGUCAGACCAGGGAUGCACUUGGACUUUUAACCCGCCACAUGCUUCCCAUUGUGGUGGGUCAUGGGAAAGAAUGAUUGGUCUUGCAACGAAAAUUUUGGAUUCAAUGUUCUUUCAACCGAAGGACAAACUUACCCAUGAAGUGCUGGUGACUUUCAUGGCAGAAGUAGCAGCCAUCAUCAAUGCAAGGCCGCUUGUUCGUGUGACAAGUUCUGAUGUUAACUUUAUUCUCAUGCCAGCCACUCUUCUGACACAUAAGGUGAACAUUGUCCCAGCUGCUGCAGGAGAGUUUGGAGUUUCAGACCUCUCUACAAGCAUCAGUGGCGGCAAGUUCAGCACCUGUCAAACACCUUCUGGGACAGGUGGUGCAAAUGAUUUCUCCCAACGCUGCAGGCACGCAAGAAGUGGCAGGACGAUCUCCCAAACAUUGAGCGUGGAAGCGUUGUUCUCAAGGAUGGCCAAGUACCAAGGAAUGAAUAUCCACUUGGACUGAUAACACAGACUUUUCCUAGUAAAGAUGGGAAAGUGCGGCAAGUCGAGGUGAAAGUUAUUAGAUCAGGGGGGUUUUCAGUCUUUCGUAGGCCCAUUACAGAGUUAGUGUGUCUUCUCCCCCUAGAUCCUUCAGUGGAUGGGGUUUAAUGACUGUGUUGGGUGAUGCGUAAUCAUGUCAGGCAGGGAGUGUUCUGUUACAGCUGAUGUAACAUGUUAUAAAGUUCUGUGUUUUUCUGAUGGCACGUUUUUGUAUUUUGCUGAGGGCACCUUAAGAGUGACAGGAAGUUGUCAGUGACAGAAAGUUGAGUGACAGGAAGUUGUCAGUAUCAGGAAGUAAGUCAAUAUAUAAUGGAAAACGGCUGUUCUGGUUGCAUCUGGUCUAAUCUAGCAACAUCCACAUACAUCUUACGCCUUUUGCAGCAUUGUGGGUAUGUAGUGAUUUAUAUCGCCUUAAUAUAUGAUUGCAAAUGUUUAUUUUUGGGACAGUGUUACAUUUAAGAAGUCUGUUGUUGGAAACAUUCUCUAGCUAAUUGAUAUUUCAUGGUAAGCUCAUAUGAGAGUAAUUACAAACAAAUAGGUACAAAAACAAGUGACUUACGUUAAAAUAUGUUGUCAUAUAUUUCAUGUUUAGGUUGAGGAAAAUAGAAUUAAUACGUACAGCUUGUACUGUUAAAAAGUAACAUCUACGAAUGUAUUUCAUUUAUUUCAGAAAUUAAGUUGAGAUGUUUACAAAGUAUAUUUGUACAUAUUAAAAGAAAGCAUGGCAUUUAUCAUGCCUUUUGUCUGUUUCAGUUUCACCCUUCUUUCAAUGUCAAUAAACCUGUGGGCAAGGAGCCGAAUGUCUUCAGGGUCUUGAUGUUUGGAAGGCGUUUAUCUGACUGUCAAGUUAUAUUCAGCACGUAUACCGAGGACAGUACAGCCAUUAUGUGUGUUAUGAAAGUAACUUCAGAAUAGACUCUGGGGAUGUUUCCAUCUAGGUGGUCUGCUGUGAUAGCAGGAAAUUCAGGCAGGAGAAAUGAAAAGGACCACAUGAACCCUGCUGUGUAUUUUUAAUGCUGUUCAUCCAGUUAAUAUGUACAGUGGAGAACAAGAGAAGUUUAUAUACAUUUGUAAAGAUAAUGUAUAUCAUUUCAUGGCAAUCUUGAGUUUCCAAUGACUCCUGUAACUGAGUUUUCUAUGUUGGAAUCAUUGGAACACUUGCAUCUUUGUCCCAAAAAAACAUAUACUUUAGUUCUUUCAUAGAUUUAUUAUGGGUCUUCUGGUAAUAUGACAAAAUCUGCUCAGCCAAAAAUAUACAUCCAGCAACUUAAAUUUCUCAGUUUUGGUGAUGUAGGAAGUCGUGUUAAUCAAGUUUACUUAGUGGCAUGGCCUCAACUUCUCGUGAGUGAUUACGAUUGACUACAGCUGGUGACUCCUCUGAAACAAUUUAAAUAGGGUCCAUUUAAUACACAUCAGAGUAAGUUAAAAUACUGUAAUGGGAAAGUCUGAGGAGCUCAGUAAAGAAGCAAUUUGUCAGUGCAAGUUCUCAGUCAUCCAGGUCAUGGUAAUCUUAGGAGCUUCAGUAGAAAUCAUCUGGACUUCUCUUGUAGGUUCUUAAGACGUUUCACCUUCAUCCAAGAGGCUUCUUCAGUUCUUCAGUGAAAUCAACUGUUUGGGGUUCAGUUCAGAACUGAAGAAACCUCUUCUAUGAAGCUGAAACAUCUUUAAGAACCUACAAGAGAAGUCCAGUUGAUUUCUAUUGAAGAUCAUACGAUUAAAGAAACAAUUCAUUGACCUGAACAAGUCAGAGAAGUCACUUGUAGCCAUUUCUAAGCAGAACCAGUAUCAUCUGUGCUGACAAUUGUAAGUAUAAAGUGCAUGGUACAGUUAUGUCAAUACCACAAUCAGGAAGAAAACCCCAACUAUCACCUGCUGCAAAGAUAGAGCUGUUUAGAUGAAGCAAAAGCUGAGCUAUUUGGCCAAAUGACCAGAAAUAUGUUUGAAGGGGAGAAGGUGAGGCAUUUAACCCCAGUAACACAAACCUACCGUCAAGCAUGGUGGUAGUAGUAUAAUGCUCUGGGCUGUUUUUUCUGCGAGUGAAAACAGUGCUUUACACAAAGUAAGUGGAAUAAUGAAGAAGGAGGACUACCUCCAGAUUCUUCAGGAAAACCUAAAAUCAUCACUCAGAAGGUUGGAUCUUGGAUACUGUUGGAUGUUCCAACAAGACAGUGACCCUAAACACACAUCAAAAGUGGUAAAUAAAUGGUUAAAUCAAGCAAGAAUUAAUUUAGACUGAACUCCCCAAAGAUCUGAUUCAAAAUCAUUGAGAGUCUGUGGACUGUGAUGAAGAAACAAGUCUGUGUCAGAAAGCCCUGGACAUAAUCCAAAACAGAUGAACUGAUACUGAUCAGUGAUUCAGUUUUAACCACAGCUCUCUCUCUCUCUCUGUUUGCCUUCUC